ACCAAUUGAUCGUACCUUUCUUUCAAAAACUCAACAACACACUUCCAGGCUGUAAUUUGAUCAAAAUUUCAGUUGACCAUGUCCGGCAAUUGGUUCAAAUGGUCUGCUCUUCACGGGCGGCCAAGAACCGUCGGCUUAAAAACUACUGGAAGGAUUCUAUGGCUUUUGGACGAUGCCCUGGUUCGAUGCCGACAGCCAUUUUACGAAUCUUGGCGGCGUCGUAGGCGCUCUGAAGACUACGAAAAAAGAGAUAUCCCAGUACGACAGCAAGUUCCAAGGAUCCGGCACAAUCGCGCUCCAGGGACUAAACAAAAUCCUUGCCGCCAAGUGCCCGAUCUUCUUCCUAGAAAGGGUGAAGUGCUUCUUCCGACUCGCAUUCAGCCACCUCGUAAUUCAAUGGGUUUCUCAGUAAAAAGAUUCUUUGGAAGCUCCUCCAGUGAAGGAGGUUCUGGCGAACCACCGGAGAAUCGUGAUGGAAAGCUAAUUAAGUUUACAGUGGGCUCUCGUAUAGCCAAACCGAAAAUGGGCCAGAUUGAUAUACCCAAAAAAGGACCAUUAGGUUUUGAAACAACUAAGCUACCAGUUCAAGAAUCAUCAUCGCAGUCAGACAGCCUAUCAGGAUUAUCAAAAAAGACUCCCGACAAGGAUACAACUCCAGACACCCGCACCACACAGGCUUCAGAUCAAUCAGGAAAAGACGGGAAUGAGGAUGAUAUACCCAGAACGUUCUCAGAGUUCAUCAACUCUACGGGUGUAGCACAGUGGGACUCCAAUACCCCUUCAGGGAUUCAUUCCCAGCAGCCCGAAAGAAGCCAAAGUGCUGGAACACCCCCAACGGGAGGGAAACCACCCACCAAACCUCCUACAGGACCCAGUACUCCGUCAGGACCCAAAAAUCCUGCAAGACCGCCGUUUAGAAGGGAAAAUAAUCCAUUUAGCGGAACGGGCGGCCAACCGCCUAAGAAACCACCUUUGGGAAGUAAACCUCGUAGUACAUCUCCGGAAAAACCACCAACAGGCAGCACACCGCCCAAAACACCAACCAAAUCAAGUAAGCCUAGUAAACCACCAGCAGGACCAGGCAAAAAGUCCGCCAGUAAGCCACCGACAGCAAGUAAGCCUCCUGGUAAAUCGUCACCAGGGACCUCGGGACCAACAGGAGGUCAGAAAGGUGGAGCUGGAGGCAAGGGUGGAAAGGCUGCAGGUGGACCGAGGGUCAUAACCCUAAUGCCCGGCGAUGGCAUCGGACCGGAGAUCUCGAUGGCAGUCAUAAAGAUCCUUGAGGCCGCAAAAGCACCUCUGAUCUUCGAGCCUGUGGACGUGACCCCAGUGAUAAAUAGCAAGGGUAUGAAUUCGGUGCCCGAGCAGGUGAUCGAGAGCAUGAACCGGACGAAAGUUGGUCUCAAGGGUCCACUGAUGACGCCCGUGGGCACUGGCUUCCGCUCCCUGAAUCUAACCCUGCGCCAGCUGUUCAACCUGUACGCCAACAUCCGACCCUGCAGAUCCCUGCCAGGCGUGGAGACCGUUUACGGAGAUGUAGACAUAGUGACCAUUCGCGAGAACACCGAGGGUGAGUACUCGGGCAUCGAGCACACCCUGGUCAACGGAGUGGUGCAGAGCAUCAAGCUGAUCACUCGGAAUGCCUCGCUCCGUGUGGCCGAGUACACCUUCCAGUACGCCCUGGCUAUGAAGCGGAAAAAGGUUACGGCCGUGGCCGAAUCGAAUGUCAUGAGGAUGUCGGACGGGCUAUUCCUGCGCUGCGUCCGGGAAAUGGCAGCCAAGUAUAAGAGCAAAAUGGACCAGGCGGGCAUUAAGUACGAGGAGUCAACCAUGACCACCGUCUGCCUGAAUAUCGUCCAGGAUCCCAAGCGGUACGACAUGCUGGUGCUGCCCAAUCUGUACGGGGAUAUCAUCUCGGAUACCUGUGCCGGAUUGAUUGGAGGAUUGGGUCUGACGCCGUCGGGAAACGUUGGCACCAAUGGCGCCAUUUUUGAGUCGGUUCACGGAACUGCUCCGGAUAUUGCUGGCAAGGAUUUGGCCAAUCCCACUGCCUUGCUGCUCUCCUCCGUGAUGAUGCUGCACUACAUCGGACUGCAUGAGCAUGCUGACAAGAUCGAGAAGGCAGUGCUGAAGACCAUUAGGGAUGAUAAUAUCCGCACCAUGGAUCUGGGAGGCAAGGCCAAAUGCUCCGAGUACACCGAUGCCCUGAUUAAAAACCUCAAGUGAUCCAAUUCUGGAAAUUGCAAUUCUUUUUUAGCCAUUAACUCAAUGUAAAACCUAAUUAAAGUUCAAGCGGUGCCUGUA